GCCAACUGCCCCAACUUCUUGGCGGUGAGAAACCGAGAAUAAGCACGCCUCAUUUUUUGUCGCUGUGUAGCCGUUUUGACUCGCCAUUGAUUCGCUUUCGUACUUUCUUCUUAGAGGUGAUCUGAAGUUGGGGAGAGAGAUUUCGUUUUGUGUUGUGGUGGAGAUCAGCUUUCGAAGUGAAAAAAAAUGCAGAGAUUUGCUCGAACCUUCCGUGAAAAUCCUUCGCUUUCUAAGCUUCUAAUUGUUUUCACUGUCAGUGGUGGAAGCCUUGUGGCAUACUCUGAGGCAACAAAGCCACAUGAGAGCAAUAACCUUGGGGAUUUGACCGAGGUCAAUCACCAGAAAAAGAGAGUGGUAGUACUUGGAACUGGUUGGGCUGGAACUAGUUUCUUGAAGAACCUGAAAGAUCCCUCAUAUGAUGUUCAGGUGAUAUCACCGCGUAAUUACUUUGCAUUUACUCCCUUGCUGCCAAGUGUAACAUGUGGCACCGUUGAAGGUCGCAGCAUUGUUGAACCAAUUCGUAACAUUAUCAGAAAGAAAAAUGUAGAUAUGCAGUACUGUGAGGCUGAAUGUAUCAAAAUUGAUGCAAAGAACAAAAAAGUAUACUGUCGAUCUAAUUUGAAUGGGAAGGAAGAAUUUGCUGUAGAUUAUGACUACCUUGUGAUUGCCAUUGGAGCUCGUGUAAAUACAUUCAACAUUCCUGGUGUGGAAGAAAAUACAUUUUUCUUGAAGGAAGUGGAGGAUGCUCAGAGAAUCCGUAGGACUGUUAUUGACUGCUUUGAGAAAGCCAGUCUGCCUUACCUCACUGAUGAAGAGAGGAAAAGAAUUCUUCAUUUUGUUAUUGUUGGUGGUGGUCCAACUGGUGUGGAAUUUGCAGCUCAACUCCAUGAUUUUGUCAGUGAAGAUGUUGUUAGGUUAUAUCCUAAGGUGAAGGAUUUUGUGAAGAUUACACUAGUUGAGGCAACAGAUCAUAUUUUGAACAUGUUUGACAAAAGAAUUACGGCUUUUGCUGAAGAAAAGUUUGGGAGAGAUGGUAUUGAUGUUAAAACAGGCUCAAUGGUUGUUAAAGUAUCAGAUAAGGAAAUUUCUACAAAAGAUGUUAAAAGUGGAGAUAUAACUUCUACACCUUAUGGAAUGGUUGUUUGGUCAACUGGCAUUGGGACUCGUCCUGUAGUAACAAAUUUUAUGAAGGAAAUUGGUCAGGGCCAAAGACGUGUAUUAGCAACUGAUGAGUGGCUGAGAGUUGAAGGAUCUGACACCGUAUAUGCAAUUGGGGACACUGCCACAAUCAAUCAGCGCAAAGUUAUGGAGGAUAUUGCAGUUAUAUUUCAGAAGGCAGACAAGGACAAUUCUGGAACACUAACAGUAAAAGAAUUUCAAGAAGUCCUCAAUGAUAUAUGUGAAAGAUACCCACAAGUAGAGCUCUACUUAAAAAACAACCAUAUCAGUGGCCUGGUCGAUUUAUUGAAAGAAGCAAAAGGGGAUGAUGUUAAAGAAUCUGUUGAGGUUGAUAUUGAAGAAUUUAAAUCAGCUCUCUCCAAAGCGGAUUCUCAGAUGAAGAAUCUUCCUGCUACAGCUCAGGUUGCAUCUCAACAAGGUGUCUACCUUGCUGAUUGCUUUAACCGUAUGGAGAAGUGCGAGAAGGAUCCAGAGGGUCCUAUUCGUUUUAGGGGAGAAGGACGCCAUCGUUUCCGGCCCUUCAGGUACAAGCAUCUUGGACAAUUUGCACCUCUAGGAGGAGAGCAAACAGCAGCACAACUUCCUGGAGAUUGGGUUUCAAUUGGCCACAGUACACAAUGGCUCUGGUAUUCAGUGUAUGCUAGCAAGCAAGUCAGUUGGCGUACAAGGGCGUUGGUGGUGACAGACUGGACAAGGCGAUUCUUGUUCGGGAGGGACUCUAGCCAAAUCUAAUGAAGAUCCUAUAGUUCUGCUCAGACUUGUGGUUGAAUUUGCCAUUUUGGUGCCAAAUUCAUUGAGUACUGAAAUUCUUUUCUCUUCUUUCCUUUAUGCAACUGUGUCAGCAUUUGGUUGGAGGUAUUCAUCAGCUUCAAUUUUGCAGCACUCUUAUCUCCACCCAAUUUUUGGUUUGGAGGUUUUCUUCUAGCUUUAGGAUUUCAUAAAACAUGAAAAAGAGAAUUCAAUAAUAAUGCCACAAAACAAUCGAUUCUUUUUUUGCAGUGUAACUCUUCUUGAGAUUAAUGAUUCAUUUCCUUUCGGGAUGUAUUACUCUCAAUUUCUACU